AAGCGACGAAAUUUCGGUUUGAGAUGAGGAGCCAAGCAGUACCGAUUCGGUGUCCUCGAUAGUCGUAUUGUUGUUUUACGUGUGUCUGCCGAUUACCAUUUCUUCUAACUUCGUCAAUACCUGCUCGGUCGUUAUCAACAUGGUCACAUCUUUACGGCUAUGCGUAUUUUCGUGCGAUACCAUCAAUCGGUAAGAAUGAGUUGUCUAGUAAACUUCGGUUUUGCAUAGUUCUUGCCCCCUACGUUCGGUGAUUACAAGCGAGAAACAACAUUGAUAUCGGUUUUCCUCGUCGUGCUUUAGAGACAUACAGAAAAAUAUAUCAGCAGAUGAUGCAGAAACGCGAACAUCUCAGCUCAUCUAAUUCUCAACAGUUUUCCUAUUUCAUACUUUGAAUUUCCCGCCUUAACAAUUAAGCAAAUUUCUAGCUCUUCCAUAACGAUAGAAGCUAGCACUGAUUUUAUAGACGCAUAAUUAUUGAAGUUAUUUUGCAGAACCGAACUCCUCGUCUGAGAAACAAUUCUUGACAGUUCAUCUGCUUGGACGUUGAACGUUGAACGCACACACACUCACGACAAUGUCCGCCCCGCAGCAACAGCAGCGCCAGAGUGGCAAGGCUCGUAGCAGCAGCAAGGGCAAGGGCAAGGAUGGGCGCAGCAGCAGCAAGGGGAAGCAGCAGCGGGUCAGCAACAAGGGCCAACCGAUCAAUCCGGUGUCUGCUUACAGCCUACACUCGGCGCCCGUGUCCUACAUGGCUAUGGACAACUACGCGGUACAUCUAGCACCUGCUGAUGUAAAGUUUUUUCUUGUAGGAAAUCUAACCCUAGUCCUGGAUUGACGAAAACUCCAUUUGUUCCAACGCACCUCCUGUUUUUUGCCCACGGCAUCAAAAUGAUAAACGAUAUAGUUACACGUGAAUUUCAAAUUUGUUGAAGUUGGUCAUGCUCAAAAACAAAUUCAGGUACCCUCUGCUCUGUCCCAGGGCAGCAUUGUUCAACAGGAUCUACCAUCCUAUCUGAAGAGUGCGAAUUCCUCCGCCGGACGGUUCUCCGCUGCGAACACGAGCCAAAUGGGAAGCAGGCCCCCAUCCCAGCAGCCUAUGUCAGGCAUGGAUCCCAUGGUGCGCCCACCGAGUGCCCGCAAAUCCAACAGCAACCCGGCACCGAAGAAGCGCGAUUGCUGCUUGUUUUGCGGAGGAUGCUAAAAGAAAUUGUGUUUUCAUGAUGCACCAGCACGACGAACACAUGCACUACGAACAGCUUCUUGUUCUGUGAUUGUGAUGUUAGUUUACUACAAAACUUAUUGCAUACUUAUCCAUGAUACAAUUACUUAAACAUGUCUAUUUUUGCGUGUAGUACCUUUUGAACAAUCAUCAUCGACAUCUUGCAACAGCGAAAAUUUCGGCUGGCAAGCUCAAACAUGUGAGUAAAAAGUUUCCUUGCUUUUGGCCUCCUUAAUUUUGUAACAGCACGUAGAUGCACACCACGCUCACGCUCCACAUGCUUGAUAAGUUGUAGAGCCGCUGUUUUUUUAACACAGUGACUGCACAUGCUGCACAUUGAUAAUUGCAAAUGCUGGUGGCAGUUUCUCAGUGAGCUCCUGCCGUGCGACGUGCUUCUACUACCUAGAAACCAAAAACUAAAACAUCUCGUGC